UUUAUCAUUUUUAUGGAUCCAAUAUUUCAGUCUAAUGCAGUUUUGUUUCUCAAUUUUUAAUUUUAUUAAUUUUACCUCAUUUUUCCGCAUUCGAUUGUUGGGAUUUGACUUUAAUGAUUGUAAUUCUCUAAAAUGUGUCAUUUAAGAAUUUAAUUAACUCGCUGUUUUCAUCAUUGUGAUUGAUUUCUCUGACUAUCUAUUUCAAUUACCAUUACAUUGGAUUUGUCCCAUUUCUCUUCAUUUUCAACGCAUCAAUAACAGAGUGAAAAUAUUUCAAUGCCUCACCAAUUGGAAACCGAUAAAUUAAGAUAUGAAAGCUAUGAAAGGGAUGAGCAUAGCAUUACUUUGAUAGUUUACAUAAAAGAUAUUAAAGAUGGUUCUUACAAGGUGACUUUUGGCGAAUCAACGGUCAAUAUUGUUUUUCAAACAAGUAAUCCACGUUUGAUUGCUCCUGAAUUUGGAGAUUUUCCCCAUGAUACUGAAUUCAGUUGGACUAUUAAUUUGAAAAAAGAGAUUGUACCGGAACAAUGUAGUUAUAAUAAAACUGCUUUUAAACUUGAAGUUAAAUUGAAAAAGAAGAAACCUCUUAAAUGGGAUACAAUUGAAGAAGCUAAACCCAAAGUUUUAAAAGAUACUCUUCAAGAAAUUGAUCUACGAAAAGUACCGAGUAAACGUAAUGUUUGGAUACCUGCUGCUCCCAUGGAAGAUGAUGUUGAUAUUGAAGUACCCAAUGAAAAUUUAUAUAAUAAUCUUGGCGGAGAUAUCUAUGGAGCUUCAAUUCCACUCCCACCACCGGAAGAGAUGAGAAGCUAUACUUCUAAGCUCUCUUUGAGUAGCUUUUCUAGCUCUGAAGUUGGCUAUACUGGACUUGAUAAUCUAGGAAAUACAUGCUUCAUGAAUGCUGUGCUACAAUGUCUCUCCAACACUCAAGAGCUAAGAGACUAUUUCAUGGAAAACCAUUUUAAAGAAGAUCUGAAUGAGAAAAAUGUUUUUGGAACAGGUGGUCAACUUGCUGUUUCAUUUGCUGUUCUUAUGAAACAUCUCUGGUCUGGGGCUCAUCCGUCUUAUUCACCUUCAAAAUUGAAGUCAUUGCUUAGUGAUAAACUCUCUCAAUUUUCAGGGUUUGCUCAGCAUGAUGCUCAAGAGUACAUGUCAUUUUUGUUAGAUGCCCUACAUGAAGAUAUCAAUAGAGUUCGACAUAAAGCUAAUGUUGAUAUGAAUGGUACUGAUGAUGAAGAAAAACCUAGACCUGAUGCUGAAAUAGCUGAUGAAGCCUGGUAUAAAUAUAGAAUGAGAAAUGAUUCUGUGAUUAUUGAUCUUUUCCAUGGUCAGUUAAGAUCAAAAGUUAUCUGUCCUGUUCGUGCCAACGUCUCCAUUACUUUUGAUCCUUUCGUAAUUUUACCCUUACCUAUGCCAAAAAAUCAACUCAUUUACAAUGUGUUUUUCUUCUCCCGUGACACAUCCAAGAAGCCUAUACGUUAUUUAGUUAAAUUACCUCAAGAUUCAGAAAUGCGAUGUUUACUUCAAUCAAUAUCAACACGCACUUCAGUUUUACCUUCUAAUCUUAGAGCACUUUUAACCUGUAAUGGAAGCAUAUUAAAUAUUUUUAAACCUGAUGAAGCUAUACCAACGAUUAGCCACAAUGAGAUGUUACUAAUCUUUGAGACUCUGAACUCUCAAGAUUUAGGUGAAGAUGUUUAUGAGUUUGCCGUUCAACAGCUACUUGCUAAUUCCAAUGAUUUACCAUUGUGGUGCUCUGGUUGCAACAAUGCAUUAACUGAAAAAGAACUAAAGCGUUGUACCAAAUGUUACCAAGCCUAUUAUUGUGAUCAAGAAUGCCAAAAAAAUGAUUGGACUAAACAUAAAGAAGUUUGUUUCUCCCGACCUGAGCUUAUUGGCUGCCCCUUCAUCAUCUCCAUUCCUCAGUCUCAAUUUACCUUUAAAAACUUGCAACAAAUGGUUGCUGAAUAUUCACGAUUCUCCGUUGAUAUUUGCUGUCCAACCUCUCGAAGUGACUCAAUAGAUGAUUGCCCAGAAACAAAGGAUAGUGAUAGUGGAGUUUACAGUGAUACUUCUGAAAAUUCUUGUUCAUCAUCUUCUACUUCUUGUAGCAACUCCAUUCCCCCUUCCUUUACCGCACCAACAUUAACCUCAUCAUCAACAACCACAUCGACAACCUCAAGUCCAACAGUUACUCAAACUAGACCUAAAUUCCUUUUACGCUAUCAUAAUAGUCGUUGUUUCACCAGAAUAUCCGAUGAAACACUUAUUCAGGAGCCUGAUGACGAAAAUGAAGAGUCGAUUAUGAAAGACCUUAGUGGUAAAUAUUUUCUUUCCAUGGAAUGGCGGCCAUUAGAACAUAAAAACGGCUCCUUCAUUGUUGAAACUAAAGAUUUAGACCACAAUUAUGAUAUUUUAGAAGCUCAACGAAUCGCGUCUGAAUGUUAUGAACAUACUUUACAAGAUUGUUUAAGUGCAUUCAUCGAACCAGAAAUUUUAUCAGCAGAUGAAGCUUGGUACUGUCCGUCAUGCAAAGCACUUCGUGAAGCUACAAAACAACUUUGUCUAUGGCGAUUACCACCUAUCUUAAUUAUCCAAUUAAAACGGUUCAUGUUUAAGAAUUUAUACUAUAAAGAGAAGAUUUCUAAAUUUAUAAGAUUUCCUUUAGAAAACUUAGACAUGACAGAGUACUGUUGCCCAAAUUCACCGCAGGUCUCUCAACAAAAACCCAUCUAUGACUUGUAUGCUGUAAUUAAUCAUCACGGAGGAAUGUUUGGUGGACAUUAUACAGCCUACGCAAGGACACGCUUUAAGAAUCGUGAAUACGGUUGGCGUUGUUUCGAUGAUUCUCGAGUUAGAGACAUGCAUCCAGAAGAAGUAACCACUGAUAAUGCCUAUAUCCUAUUUUAUCGACUUAGAGAAGAAAAAAUCAACUCAUAACCAUGUAAUCUACGAUCAGUUCAAUAUAAACAAAUUAUCUAAACCCGUUGAUGAGCUUUCAUCCAGCCGAUGAUCACGGUCUUUUUAUUUUACCAAACAGAUCUUUUCUUCAAUUUUAUCCUGUUUAUAAUGAGGUGAUUUCAUUAUAAGUAUUAUACUUUCCCUUCUCAAAUACUGGAAUAUCAAAACUGUUGAAAAUAUUGGUCAUAUUUAUGAAUCUUAUGCGGUACAGGAUGGAAAAGAUAAUUGUGACCCAAUCGACGCAGAACAGAUUAUUCAGCUAAAUUGAUAAUUUUAAUAACCCAUGUUGAAUACCAAAUCUUAAAUUGGUCCCAUUUUCUCUCCUAAUGCUUUCACCAAUAUUCAUUUAUGACAUCGAGCUGAAUCAUUCAACAAAAGCAAUCGAACUCAAAUUGUGCCAUCUAAUUUUGUUUUCACCCGUUAAAUCUAUUUCAAAUUUACACUGACGAAUUGCGAAUCAAGAUUUAUUGAUUGCUUGGUUGUUUGGCUGAUAGAAUUAAUGAUUUAUAUAUUUUGGAGACCAAGAUUGAAAGAGAGAAAAGAGCGAACGAAAUACGCAAUCCCGAAUCACUAUAAAAUUUAAUCUAAAAUAAAAAUGUCAUUUUAAUUAUAUCAUUCAAAA